GCUGCUUGAUGAGCAGAGUCUGUGCUGCACGCCGAGCUCAAACAGGUCUGCUGCUUGUCGCCUCUCAAAGGAGGACACAGAGAGCAAGUAAGGGAGGAAGCGAAAGUACCCGUAGUGGAUCUUAUCUGGCACGAGUGUGUUAGUACCCGUUUAAGUAGCCGUGACGUGUUUAGAAGAGGAGCCAAGAUUAACUACAGGAGUUCGGAAACUUCUCUAGGCGCUUUUUACAACUUGGAUUACUUGGAUUGAUCAGAAGUGCACCCUACUCGAAUUAAAAUUUGAGGAGAAAACUCGUUUGGAUUAUCCAGUUGAGGGAGAUAUUUUUUUGUGGUCUGCGACACUAAUUGGAAUUAGAUUUAUUUUUAUUUUCGUUUCAAGUUUUUUGGCACCUGUGCAGCAUCUGGAUUAGUCAAGAAACCUGCGGUCAUCGGAUACAUUCUGCCAAAGAUUUUCUGAGAAAUUAAGUUAAACUCGCAUUCAUAAAAAAGAUGAGCGAGUGGUGGAUCAUCUAAUGGAUAAGGGGAAAGAGUUUAAUUUGGGAAUGGAGGCGAAGUAUUAAAGGGUACACCCAAACGAACCAGAAAAGAGUGAAAGGACCGAAACCCAAGCGUUUCUCCCUGUGAUUAAGCGGAUGCUUUUGGGUUUGUGUUCCUGUUGGCAGAUGCAUUAACGAGCUCCCUCUUUGUGGCAUCGCUGGAGGCGGAGGUAGCGCUGCUGGUAGAAGCGAGACUGCAGAAAAACCGACAAUGAGAGGUUUCAAAGUGAGCUUGGGCAUCUCUACGUUGAUGGAGCCGCGCUCGGAUAGUCAAAUCUGCAAUCGGGGUCCACAGGCUCCUGCCAACUCGAGAGAUUUGGACGCGAUCGGCGACCAGCACCCAGGAAGCAGCUCCGCACUGGCAGCCCACAGCGCAGCAGCGCGAAAGUGUGCCGAUGUCUCCGGCCUCACGAGUUCAUACUGCUCUGGUGGCAUUGCCGGCGACACCCGUGAACAACAGAGCCGGGAUUGCACAGCUUGGGGUUUGGCAAUACGUCGGUGCCAGCCGCAAGGGGAAAUAAGAAAAAACAGCGCCGGGAGGAACGCCACUGCGGAGACUGCGAGAGCCCAUUCUAGACGCAGGGCUGGGAAGCAAAGCGAAAAGUUUACAUGGAGUUGGUGGGCGUUUCUGCUGCUCCACGGCCACGUGUUGCGGGCUGUAGCACAAGAUGAUGUCGCCCCAUCAUUUAAAACAGAACCAGGUCCUCCUCAGAUUCAUCUCGAAGGAAACCGCUUAGUACUGACCUGUCUGGCAGAGGGCAGCUGGCCCUUGGAGUUUAAGUGGAUCUUGAAUGACACCGAAAUCACCACGUUCUCCCCGGAAUACAAGUACAUCAUUCCAUCUCUCCAGCGUUCCAACGCUGGGUUUUACCAGUGUGUUGUGCGGAACAGGAUGGGUGCGCUGAUGCAGAAGAAGACUGAAAUCCAAGUCGCCUAUAUGGGAAACUUUGAAGAGAUGGAGCAACGGAAGACGGUGACACAAGGCAAAGCUGCAGUGCUGAAUUCUCCAGUGGUGUCCUGCUAUCCACGCCCUCAAGUGACCUGGUUCAGGGAUGGCUAUAAGAUUAUUCCUAGCAGCAGAAUAGCAAUAACCCUGGACAAUCAGCUGGUGGUGCUGUCAACAACUAUCUCUGAUGCUGGGAGAUAUUUUGUGCAAGCAGUCAACGAGAAGAAUGGCGAGAACAAGACAAGCCCAUCCAUCUAUCUGAGCAUGGCGAUAAGCAAGAAGAACCGGGGAUUAUCUGGAUCUGAGGCCUCUGCAGAUGUCACGGCUCCGGUGAUCAUAAUUCCCCCUCGGAACACCAGUGUGGUGGCUGGAGUCGGCGAGGCCACGCUGGAGUGUGUGGCUAAUGCGAGGCCCAUCGAGAAGCUUAGCAUUUACUGGAAGCGGAAUGGAGUGCGGCUGACAAGUGGAGUUGGGACCUUCGGCAGACGGCUGACCAUUAGCAACCCCACCUCAAAAGACAAUGGCCUCUAUGUGUGUGAGGCUUCUCUUCUGGACAGCACGGCCAAGACGGUGGAAGCCAAGGCGUUCUUCUCUAUUAUCGAUCCUCCAUAUUUUAUCACAGAGCCUGAAGAAAGGAUCGUGGGAGAAGUGGACAAGUCUGUGACUAUUCAAUGCCCUGUUCGAGGAGUUCCUGCGAACAGCCUGGAGUGGUAUAAAGACUCCAUUCCCCUGAACAAAUUGAAAAAUGGCCGCUACAAGGUGCUGAGCAGUGGAGGGUUGCAAAUUACAAAAGUGCGUCCUGAGGAUUCUGGAAUCUUUCAGUGUUUCGCUCAGAACUUUGCUGGAGAGAUCCAAACCCACACCUAUCUUGACGUCACAAGUAUGGCUCCAACGUUUACUAAGCCCCCACUAGACAUCACCGUGACAGAAGGGACUUCAGCCAUCUUCACCUGUGAGGUAUCUGGAGCGCCAAAACCAGCCAUCACCUGGAAGAAAGGCAACCAGGUUUUAGCCAGUGGCUCGGUCAAGAUUCCUCGAUUUAUCCUACUGGAAUCAGGGGGCCUGCAGGUUCAGCCAGUCCUCCCUCAAGACGCCGGCAAUUACAACUGCUUUGCUUCCAACUCUGCAGGACUAAUCAAUGCCACAGCAGCACUCACAGUGUGGAGCCGUACAUUUAUAUCGCGUGCUCCUGAAGACAGUCGUGUUAUCAAAGGAACAAUGGCUGUGCUGAACUGUGGGGCAACUCACGACCCUAGGGUGCCCAUCAGGUUUGUCUGGAAGAAGGACGGCUCUUUUGUCAAUCCAUCUGGCACAUCUCGUAUCAGUUUAAAAGAUGGAACCCUCUACAUCAGCCAGACCUGGUCUGGUGAUAUCGGAGACUAUGUAUGCCAGGUCUUGUCGCAAAGUGGGAAUGACUCCAAAGCAGCACGUCUGGAGGUUAUCGAGCUUCCCCACUCUCCUCGAAACCUCCAGGCAGCUUUAAAUGACUCAGAUCGGCGUACAGUUGAACUCUCCUGGGUGCGGCCUUUUGAUGGAAAUAGCCCUCUUCUCUACUAUAUCGUCGAGCUGUCUGAAAACAAUUCUCCAUGGAAGGUGUACUUACCCAAAGUGGAGCCUGACAAGGCGGGAGCCACAGUGCGGGGUCUCACACCAGCCCGUACUUACCAGUUUCGGGUGUCCGCUGUGAACCAGGUUGGACGUGGCCAGUACAGUUCAGAAACGAACAGGUUAAUGCUGCCCGAGGAACCUCCAAGUGCACCCCCAAAGAACAUCGUUGCUAGUGGACGUACCAACCAGUCUAUAAUGGUGCAGUGGCAACCCCCGCCAGAGCCGGAGCUCAACGGCGUGCUGAGAGGCUAUGUUCUCAGGUAUAGGCUUGCUGGUCUUCCUGGUGAAUAUCAACAAAAGAACAUCACCAGCCCAGAGAUUAAUUACUGCUUGCUGAGAGACCUCAUUAUCUGGACACAGUAUGAGAUCCAAGUUGCAGCUUACACUGGAGCUGGACUGGGAGUGUUCAGUCUCCCUGUCACUGAAUAUACUCUUCAAGGAGUGCCAACUGCUCCACCUCAAGAUGUUGAGGCAGUGGCGAUCAAUUCCACUACAAUUCAGUUCACAUGGAAUCCGCCUCCACAGCAGUUCAUAAACGGCAUUAAUCAAGGAUAUAAGCUCUUAGCCUGGCCUGAGAACCAGCCUGAGGCUGUUGUCAUAGUAACCAUCACCCCAGAGUUUCACGGAGCACGACAUAUGGGCUACAUCACUGGACUGAAGAAGUUCACCCGGUACCUCACUACUGUGCUUUGCUUUACAACUCCAGGGGACGGGCCUAGAAGCCCCCUACAACUCAUCCAGACUCAUGAGGACAAGCCUGGAGCCGUGGGACACUUGAGCUUCACUGAGAUCCUGGACACAUCGCUGAAAGUGAGCUGGCAGGAGCCACAGGACAAGAAUGGCAUCAUUAUAGGCUAUCAGAUUACCUGGGAGGCAUAUGGCAAGAACGAGACUCGAGUCAUACAGAUGCUGUCCAAUAGCACGCUGGAGUACAAGGUGACUGGACUCACCUCCUUGACCACCUACACCAUUGAAGUGGCAGCUGUAACUGCCGCUGGGAUGGGUGUGGUCAGCUCCUCAGCCAUCUCCUCCGGAGUUCCACCAGAGCAACCUGGAGCACCAUCCAAUCUUGUAAUUUCAAAUAUCAGCCCCCGUGCAGCCACCCUCAAGUUUCGUGCAGGAGAUGAUGGAAAAACAACCAUUUUUAAGUGGAUUGUUGAAGGACAGGUUGGGGCAGUGGGUGAUGAUGAAGACUGGAAAGUUCUUUAUGAAAAGGAGAAUGACCCAGAUGCCCAGGUGCUUGAGAUCCCCGAGCUCACUCCAUUUACUUAUUAUAGGUUUCGGAUGCGUCAGGUGAACAUUGUCGGAACCAGCCCUGCCAGUCAGCCCUCCCGUGUCAUCCAGACCCUGCAGGCCCCCCCAGAUGUGUCUCCGAGUAGCAUCACAGUCCGGACUGCCAGUGAGACAAGUCUGUGGCUAAGAUGGGUGCCCCUACCUGAUUCUGAAUACAACGGCAACCCCGAGACAGUGGGCUACCGGAUCAAACUGUGCCGAUCAGACCUGCAGGGUGAAGUACGCACAGAGCAGGUGACCGACCGGAUGGAGCGGGAGAUCACUCUUGAAGGCCUGGAAGAGUGGACAGAAUAUCAGCUGCAGAUUCAGGCCUUUAAUUCCAUUGGAGCUGGACCCUGGAGUGCAGUGGUGCACGGACGCACAAGGGAAUCAGUUCCAUCUGGGGCACCAGAGAAUGUGACUGCUGAAGCGGUGAGCUCAACCCGAAUAUUAGUUACAUGGGGACCAGUUCCUGAACAAGAACAGAACGGAAACAUCCUGGGAUAUAAGGUGCUCUACAAAGAAAAAGAUCUUGGAGGGGAUCCACUGACCCACAUAGUGAAAGGAAACCUCACGCAGUCGGCCCUACUCAGAAAUCUCCGUAAAUAUGUGGAGUAUGAAAUUCAAGUGCUAGCUUUCACGCGAAUCGGCGAUGGUGUGCCCAGCUCACCCUCUGUUCUUGAAAGGACCAAAGAUGAUGUACCCGGUCCACCUGUCAGACUGGUCUUCCCAGAAGUACGUUUGACUUCCCUGAAGGUAGUAUGGCAACCUCCACUGGAACCAAAUGGAAUAAUAAUUGGAUACCAGAUAUCAUACCGACUUGCAGCCAGCGACCCAAACAAAUUCACCACAGUGGAAGUCGAUUCCAAGUCCCUGCAGUUCCCCAUCACAGGGCUUACCCCUGACUCAGCCUACAUCUUCCGAAUUGCAGCCAAAACGCAGCAGGGCUGGGGGGCCCCCGAAGAGGCUGUGGUGAUCACGACAGAAAAAAGAGAGCGACCUGAGCCUCCAAAGGAGCUGUUUGUCCCCCAAGAAGAGGUGCAAUCUCGGAGGCUGAUGUUGCGUUGGUUACCAGGUGGAGAUGGAUCUUCUCCAGUGCGUUACUUCACAGUUCAGACCAAGCAACUGCCCAAUGGAGAGUGGCAGACACACUCUUCAGCCAUAAGUCAUGACAGCACAUCCUGGGAGAUCAAGCGGUUGAAACCAUUCACCUCCUACAAGCUGAGAAUGAUGGCAACAAACGACGUUGGAGACAGCGAGUUUAGUACAGAGACUGACCCAGUGACCACCCUGCAAGAUGUGCCUGAUGAGCCUCCUGUCAUUCUAGCUGUGACUCCCCACACCACUUCUUCUGUCCUCGUCUCUUGGCAGAAGCCAAAAGAAGAAAGCCUAAAUGGGAUCUUGGUGGGUUAUCGCAUCUACUACAGAGAACUUCCAUAUGAAAGUGCCCAAGGUGAUGCCAAGUUCACUGCAAGCCCAUCAGCCCUGAGGACUGAAUUGACAGCCAAAAGCGCCUUUAAAUCUGUAAGCCGUCCUUCACUGACUGAAUUCGAACUGACACAGCUGAACAAGUACAAACGUUAUGAAAUUGUGAUGUCUGCUUACAACAUCAUCGGGGAGAGUCCUUCUAGUUCUCCUGUGGAAGUCUUUGUCGGAGAAGCAGCACCAUCAAUGGCCCCACAGAACAUCCAGCUGAACCCUCUAACUGCUAACCAGCUUGAAGUGUCUUGGGAGCCGCCACCUGUGGAGACCCAGAAUGGGAACAUUCAGGGAUACAAGGUCUAUUACUGGGAAACUGACGUUCAAAAUGAAACGGAGAAGUUGAAGAUCUUAUUUCUUCCUGAAACAAGUGUGAGGCUCAAAAACCUGACCAGCUACACCUCCUACUCUGUAAAGAUCACAGCGUUUAACGCAGCAGGAGACGGACCUUUCAGUGAACCCAGGACAUGCAGGACUCACCAGGCAGCUCCAAGCUCUCCGAGCUACAUCUCAUUUUCAGAGGUCACUACAACUACUCUAAAUAUGUCCUGGGGGCCUCCAAUCUGGCCCAACGGCAUUGUGGAUGGAUAUCGGGUGGUAUAUGAGCCUCUGGAACCAAUACACGGAGUCAGCAAGGUGGUGACAGUGGACAUCAAAGGCAACAGGCAAUGCUGGCUCAAAGUGCGAGAUCUCACCAAGGGAGUGGCAUACAGUUUUCGGGUUCAAGCCAAGACUAUAGCCUUUGGACCAGAGCUGGAAGCUAACAUCACAGCUGGACCAUCAGAUGGUUCCCCAGGUUCUCCUUUAAAUCCAUCAAUCACCAAGUCUACCAGCUCUCUCACAAUACGCUGGUCUGCUGGAGAUGCUGGGGCAGGACCGAUCACAGGAUACGUCAUUGAGACCAGACCCUCAGAUGAAGGACUCUGGGACACAUUUGUGAAGCACUUGUCCCCAACCACUACAUCCUACACUAUCAGCCUGGACCGACUUCGGCAGGGUGUGAGCUACGAGUUCAGAGUCAUUGCAGUAAAUGUGUUUGGCUACGGUGAGCCAAGUGCGCCCUCUGCUGCCACUUCAGCCCAGACAGAAGUUCCCUUCUAUGAGGAGUGGUGGUUCCUGGUGGUCAUGGCUCUCUGCGGCCUCAUUCUCAUCCUGCUCAUUGUGUUCACUUUAGUGCUGCAUGGACAGAGCAAAAGAUACAGGAGCUGCGGUCUGGGUAAGAACAUCACCACAGUGGAAGAGUCUGUCACACUGGACAAUGGAGGUUUCACAUCUCUGGAGCUCAACAGUCGGCACCUAAAUGUCAAGAGCUCCUUCUUAAAAAAGAAUGGCACCAGGUCUCCACCCCGACCAAGUCCAGGUGGGCUGCAUUAUUCAGACGAAGACAUCUGCAACAAUUACAAUGGUGCAGUGCUGACAGAGAGCACCACACUCACGGAGAAGGCCACCGAAGUCUCUGAAUCAGAAGUGACAGACAGCGACUAUGAGGAUGACCACCCCAAGCACUCGUUUGUGAACCACUACAUGAGUGAUCCCACCUACUACAACUCAUGGAAGCAGCAGCAGAGGGGACUGAAGCACUCUUCGGCAUACGCAUAUGAGGAGUGUGCCAGCGCAGACAACGAGGCCUAUUAUCAGACUGUGGUUACCACUCACAGCAUGGGGGGCACUUACACUCCUAGCGGUCAGCCCACCUCAGGCUCUCGGACUCCUGUCACUGGCUUUUCCUCCUUUGUUUGAUGUUGGAAUCUUUCUUUACCCGGCUCCCUGUCCCAAAACUGCAGACAGCAAUUUUGACUCUCACAAACAGUCUGAAGCCAAUUGCUGGAGAUAAAAAGUGAAAAACAAUGAAGACGUCUUUAUAUCUCUAGAUCUAUAUCUGUGGGUAUGAAAUGACAAAUUUUGUAAAUUCUCCUGCUUGGAUACUCGGUGCUGUCACCGAACUCCUUUUUUCAUUUGAUAUGAUAAAACUGAGCAAGAUAUUCCUAAACUGGAGCACCAUCUUGUCCUAUGAGGGUUAUGUAACAAGAGAGCCGCACUCAGUAUUGGCAAGGAACGAUGUUUUAGAGGAGAGACGGGUUUCGUAGAUGUGUCAGUCUGGGACACUUUAUUAACUGCAUAUGGACAAUGCAGCCUGUGCUUUCAAAUGGCCAGCACCUUAUGGAAAAUUGGACCUGAAGUGCACUUUUAACCUUUUAACAAUGGCCCUUGGCCCUUUUAUGGUACAAAAGAAUGGGUGAUAUUGAAGUUCUGCAUCGUUUGCUCACUUAUCCAAAAAAAUCUGCAUUUCUGCCAAAUGAAGUGGGCACUUGGCUGAUUACCUGUAGUUCACUUCCAAAGAAGGAGGACAAAACAAUGUCAAAAAGUGUCAACUGAAGUGAGGAUUAUGCAUGGGGUGCGGCUCGCUGGCCACGGGGGCCAACAAAACAGAGCUCCACAGUGACAACCACAGCAGCACAGUCCAAGUACGUCAGACUACAGAGCCAGCGGCAUCGGGAUAUGCAAGGAGUGCCCGCCUGUCAUCUUCAAGAGAGCCAAUCAGCUGCAUGAAGUGCCCAUCAAUCAAUUUCCUUGCAAAGCAGCCAAUCCGCUCUCGUUAGCUGUGGAGCUCUGGGCUUUCCCCUCGGACUUUGGAACUGAGUUCUGCCCGUUGUAUUUCUCUUAAUUUAAAAUAUGGAUCUAUUGAACGGCUUUGGAGAAAGAUUUUUUGUGUAUUUUUUAAUUUAAGAAAAAGAAAAAAAAUAAUGAUACUGCCUUUGCACACAUUGACUGCACUCUCAAGCCAUAUGGAUAUUUGCUUUAAUGGGGGGUAGGGGGAUGUGCAUUUGCAACUUUUUUUUAAGAAUUUAUUUGUUAUUUUUACAGAUAAGAGUUACUUGAUGGUAAGCUUCAUUUUUUUGUCACUUUUGUCCUUUUUGGGUAGUAAUGUAUGAGUACAUUUUUGUACACCUGCCAAUUUUUCGUACAUUGUACUUGUUGACCAAGAUUAUGUCACUCUAUCAUCUGCCUGUGUGGAGCGCCGUGAAGCUCACAGGAUGUCCCUAAAAAUGAAGGACAGCUACCUGCUUUGUUCAGUGCAGCAUACGCACUAGAGGAUCAAGGAGAAUGUGCCAGUCACAGCGUAAGGGAUGAGCAUGCCAGGCUGCAAGUGGAUCCAAUUCAAGGCCCGCCACGUUAGUAAAUGCAAUAUUCAGUAAGUCACUACAUGCAUUUAUAAGAAAAAAAGCAAGUUGAUUGGAAGUGACAUGCCUGUCACUUAGAGUCACCAUCACCAUGAAAAGUGAGUUGGAUUUUUUUUCCUUUUAUAAUUCACUUUAUUAAUGAAGGAGUUGCUGCCCACUUGAUGUUGUAGCAAUAACAGAGAAGAGUGGCGGAGUGGCUGUUGGUUCUGCCUCACAUGUCCAGCAACUAGGGCACUGUCUGGGUGAAACCUGCACAUGUCCUCUGUGUCUGCACGGGUGUCAUCUUCCAUAGCUUAAAGACGUAUACGUUAGGCAGAUAGGUGACGCUACAUUGGAUCAGCAUGAGGUUGAUUAGCAGACAUUCUGGCUUUAAAAAGUUGAUUCAUGGAGGGCGAAUGUUGUACCUUCUUUGAAAACGUGUGAACCUCAGCCUUGAAAACAAAAACUGAACAAUACAAUUAAAUUGUUCAACAAAUUUGGGCAUGGGGAGCAAUUUCUGUGACUUUACAGUCCAUUGGUAGAAGUCAAGAAGAAGAAGGUGAUUUCAGGAUGACUCGUAGAACUUCCAGAGGACCGGGCUUCUAACAUUCUAUUGUCCUAUUUAGGGCUGGUUUUCUCCAAUCCAUCCAUCCAUUAUCCAACCGGUCAAGAAAAUGAGUGGUUGGGAAAGUAGAUAAAAUGGAUAUUUUAUGAAGUGGGUAGGCGGCACGGUGGCACAGUGGUAGCGCUGCUGCCUCGCAGUU